UACCUGUGGUUCGAGACAAGCUUUUCACAAAGCCAAAGUAGUCAUGAAAGGUUCAAAAAGAGCACGAGAAAGAUGGAAAAUUCUAGCUAAUGUUAUUAGUGGAAAGAAACCAAUUGAUUCGGAGACACAGAACAAGGUAUCAGUGCGAAGAUUCAGUGGCUUUGGGUUGUUUAGGGUCGAACAUUUGAAUGAAAACUCAACGUGUUAUAGCCACUUCGCUUAUUCGAGUCGUUUCAACGAGUUGUCGUCUACACGAAUUUUGGUCAGGACCAAGAAACAGACUGUUAAUCUACAAGAAUUGAUUGGCUUUAAUAACACUGGAAAUAUUUGUAUUUGGCCAGCAGAGGAAGUUUUGGCAUAUUAUGCCCUUCAACAUUAUUUGGAGUUUGAAGGCAAGCGGGUAUGUGAACUUGGCGCAGGGAUGACAGCACUGGCUGGUGUUAUGCUGGCUUCCAGCUGUGACGUGACUGAAAUGCUUCUGACUGAUGGAAAUCUGGAAUCUGUUCAAAAUAUUGAUCACAUUAUUGAAAAGAACAUUGAAUGUUUUAGGUCAACUAAAGUGCACUCAAGAAAGUUUAUUUGGGGAGAUGAUACUGUCUCUUGUGACAUGAGGAACAAAUACGAUGUGGUUAUAGCUGCUGAUUGUUUCUUUCAUGUUGAAAGCCAUGAAUCGCUUCUCAAAACAUUAGAUGCCUUGCUGGUUGAAGAGGGUAGAGCUGUCAUGAUGGCACCUUGUAGGUCUCAAACCUUGCAGCAAUUCUGCAGUAGAGCAUCACCAAUGUUUGAUGUUCAGAUUAUCAGAAAUUAUGAUCACAAGAUCACUGAGAAACAUUUAAAGGUUAGUUCCAGUAACAGUGAGGACUAUGAUGAAGAUCUUCAUUACCCCGUUUUAGUGAUCCUGAGUAGGAAAAAACUGAAGCCAGAUGGAUAGGUUCCCAUACUGAGUUUGAAAACAUAAUUCAAUUUUAAUAGAAAACAAAUGCCAUGCAAUAAUGCCACAGUGACAGUAAAAUUUAAUUAAUUAAAUAAUAUUUAUUUAUUAUGAAUUUUACAUUUGAGGUUCUUAUUGUACAAGCAGUUAGUCCAGAACAAAAUAUGUUUAAAAAACUAAAAUCAAACUGUUGCUACUAAACAAUUUUACUAAAGAUCUAUAUAAUUGUAAUCCAUUUGUCAAUGUCUUGAAUAAAUAAUUUUCAUCCUGCAA